AUGUAUGGGUUAAAGCAAGCCCCAAGGGCUUGGUUUGAAAGGUUUUCAAAAACUCUACUUCAGUAUGGUUUCAAACAGUCCAAGUGUGAUCAUUCACUGUUCUUAUUCAGUUCUUCAGAAGGAGUCAUGCUUCUACAACUUUAUGUUGAUGAUAUCAUCUUAACAGGUAGAUCUUCAGCUCUAUUAUCUUCUCUUACUACUUACCUUAGUAAAGAAUUUGCCAUGAAUGACUUGGGGGAUCUCCAUUAUUUUCUGGGCAUAGAAGCUACCAGGAAUUGUUCUACAAAUCAAAUUCUGUUAUCACAGAAAAAGUACACAAUGGACUUAUUAACAAAGGAAGAUAUGGUGAAUUGCAAGCCCUGCAGUACUCCAGUUUUAAAAGGUCCAAGAUGUUCAAUUUUAGAUGGAGAAUUGUUAGAGGAUUCUCUCUUUUAUAGAAGUUUGGUGGGAGGAUUACAAUAUGUCACUAUGACAAGACCUGACAUAGCAUUUGCUGUCAGUUAUGUGUCCCAAUUUAUGCAUCAACCUACAACAGUACAUCUACAACUUUUCAAGAGAAUUCUUAGGUAUUUUAAGGGUAGUCUUGGUUCAGGUAUUACUUUGGGCUCCUCUGAUCUUAAUUCUCUUACUGCCUACACUGAUUCUGACUGGGCUGGUUUCCCUGAUACUAGAAGAAGCACUGCAGGAUAUUGUGUGUUUCUUGGUUCUUCUUUAUUGUCUUGGACUUCAAAGAAACAACCAACUGUUUCUAGAUCAAGUGCAGAGGCAUAG